UGUGUGUGUGUGCGUGCGUCAGCUGGGAGGUGCUGAGGUUCCUGCUGUCUAACCUGCGUUGGUGGAUGGAGGAGUAUCGUUUUGAUGGCUUCAGGUUCGAUGGGGUGACGUCCAUGAUGUACCAUCACCAUGGCAUUGGCAGUAUGUUUUCAGGAGACUACUCUGAGUACUUUGGUCUUCAGGUGGAUGAAGAUUCCCUGGUCUAUCUGAUGACAGCUAAUCAUGUCCUGCACACCUUGUAUCCUGACUGCAUCACCAUCGCAGAGGACGUAUCAGGGAUGCCAGCUGUGUGUCGGUCCGUGGCAGAGGGAGGGUUGGGCUUCGACUACCGUCUUGCCAUGGCCAUUCCAGAUAAAUGGAUCCAGAUUCUGAAGGAAUUAGCAGACGAGGCCUGGGACAUGGGUAACAUUGUCUACACUCUGACAAACAGACGAUACGGAGAGAACUGCAUCGCCUACGCAGAGAGCCACGACCAGUCUCUGGUAGGUGAUAAGUCCCUGGCCUUCUGGCUGAUGGAUAAAGAGAUGUACACCAACAUGAGUUCCCUGAUCCCCAUGACUCCGUCACAUCGACCGAGGCAUCCAGCUACAUAA